AGUUCCGGCGGACGUCGCCAUCUUGCCGUGAGACUGCAGGAGUCGGCGCGCGAUGUUGUCUUCUGCUGCCGAGCACCGGGUUCCCGGCCGGGAGCUGGGGAUGGAGUCGCGUUGCGCCGAGGGUCCUGUGCAGCUCCGCUUUUCACCCUACGCCUUCAACGGAGGUACUGUACUGGCCAUUGCUGGAGAAGAUUUUUCGAUUGUUGCUUCUGAUACUAGAUUGAGUGAAGGAUAUUCCAUUCAUACCAGAGAUAGCCCCAAAUGUUACAAAUUAACAGAGAGAACGGUCAUUGGAUGCAGUGGUUUUCAUGGAGACUGUCUUACCCUGACAAAGAUUAUUGAAGCAAGACUAAAGAUGUACAAGCACUCCAACAACAAGGCCAUGACGACCGGGGCUAUUGCUGCCAUGCUGUCCACCAUUCUGUACUCGAGGCGCUUCUUUCCAUACUAUGUUUACAACAUCAUCGGUGGACUUGACGAGGAAGGGAAGGGAGCUGUGUACAGUUUUGACCCGGUCGGCUCCUAUCAGAGAGACUCCUUCAAGGCUGGGGGCUCGGCAAGCGCCAUGUUGCAACCCCUGCUUGACAACCAGGUUGGUUUCAAGAACAUGCAGAAUGUGGAACAUGUCCCACUGUCUUUGGAUAGAGCCAUGCGACUGGUGAAAGAUGUCUUCAUCUCUGCAGCAGAGAGGGAUGUGUACACUGGGGAUGCCCUCAGGAUCUGCAUUGUGACCAAGGAGGGAAUCAGGGAGGAGACCGUUCCCCUGAGGAAAGACUGAUUGAUGUAGCCUAUCUUGGAGCUGCCAGGACAAGUUUGUUUUAUUAAAAAAGAGCACUGAAGUGCUGAUUUCAUUA